GAGCAUGCUGCUUUCGGUUUGAAAAAAAGAAGCAAAACGAAUAUAUCAACAUCUAGAUAUGUUUGCACUUAAUUAUUUAUAACGCUAACAACUAUUGUCGUGAGCACAACGGCAAAACGCUGCUGCAAAACUAUUAUGUUGUUGAACUCAAAAUUUGAUAAUAUCUAGUUAAUUGUUUACAAAAAAAAAGUCGGCGAAUGUGCCUAGAAGCGUGUGCGGUUUAUUGUUUAUAAUGCUCUAUUAACAAACGCCAAUAGUAAUAAACAAAUACAGCAAGUGCCUUAUUAAAUGUCAAAUCAUAAAAUAUUAAACAAACUUAAUUAGCAGUGGGAAGAGAGAAGCGCAGCCAUGUCAUCUACGGGCACGGACAGCACCAAGCUGGGCAACGAUGUGGGCCUAAUAGAGGUGCAACUGGAUAGUCUUGACUCGGCGCAUACCUUUGCUGCCUCCAAUGGUGGCACGCCACGCGGCAAGACGCAACGCGAGCAGCAGCAACAGCAGCAGCAACAAAAGAAUGUCUUCAAAUCCAAAGUGUUCAUCAUAGCUGUGACCUUUAGCUCGGUGCUAAUGAUAGCCAUGUGCAUUGGUUUUCUAGUGCACUACGAGUUCGCUGGCGACGUGGCAGACAUGGAGCAUGUGGACUAUUGGCAAGUUAACCUGCCGCCAGAGCAAAAAGUGUGGUAUGAUCGCGGCAUAGCGGAGCUGCGUCUCGCGCUCAACCGUCAGCUGAAUCGCAGACGUGCCAAGAAUGUGAUACUCUUUGUGGGCGAUGGCAUGGGUCCCAAUACGGUGACAGCCGCGCGUAUCUAUGCCUACAAGGAGGAGGGACUGCUCAGCUGGGAGCGCUUUCCACACAUGGGACUGCUGAAAACCUACUGUGCGGACAAGCAGGUGCCUGACUCGUUUUCCACAGCCACAGCGCUCUUCGGUGGCGUUAAGUCCAACUAUGAAACUGGCGGCGUUGACUCCGCUGUGCCUUUGGGCAAUUGCAGUGCCUCGCUGAAUGAAGCGAAUCAUGUUCAAAGCAUCAUCAAUUGGGCUCAAUUGGAUGGCAUGCGUACGGGCUUUGUGACCAACACGCGUGUUACGCAUGCCACGCCCGCUGCGCUUUACGCCCAUGUGGCGGAUCGCCGCUGGGAAUGCGAGGCACGCAUGCCACAAGAGGCACAACAGCUGGGCUGCUUGGACAUUGCUCGCCAGCUGGUCCAAUUGCCCACUGGACGCCAGCUCAAUGUCAUCAUGGGCGGUGGACGUCAAAUGCUGGUCUCGAAUGUCAGCGGCACUGUUGCAGAUCCGUUGGACACUUGGUCUGGCCAAUCGGCCGAUGGACGCAAUCUCAUUGAGGACUGGCGACGCUAUAAGACCGAACAAGGUGUUUCCCAUGCCGUAGUACAAAACAAUGGCGAGCUGCAAAAGUUGAAUACAGCAAACAUGGACUAUGUGCUGGGCAUAUUUGCCAAUGGGCAUCUCAAGUACGACCAUGAACGUGAUGCUAGCGAGGCGGGCAUGCCCUCGUUGGCGAAUAUGACGCGGAAGGCGUUGCAAGUGCUGGGCAACAGCGAUACGGGCUAUCUGCUGGUGGUGGAGGCGGGCUUGAUAGAUCAGGCGCAUCAUCGUGGCAAAGCGCGCAAAGCUUUAAGCGAAGUGCUGGCACUAAAUGAAGCAGUUGAGACAGUGCAGCAGUAUCUAAAGGAAAAGGAGCAGCUGGAUGAAACGUUGUUAAUUGUAACCGCUGAUCACUCGCAUAGUCUGACCAUCAAUGGUCAUCCGGCGCGUGGUGCAAAUAUUUUGGGCUUGGCUGGCAAAUCAAAAACAGAACAAACGCCGUAUACAACGCUAACGUAUGGCACUAGCUAUAAAGGCUUUCAGGUCAAUGCCGAGCAACUGCAGCGUCAGGAUCCAUCGCUUGAUGAUACCACAGAUUGGGAGUACUCACAACAGGCGGCCAUUAAUACGGAUGAGAAUCUUCAUGGUGGCUCCGAUGUAACCAUACAUGCUCAGGGAGCCAUGUCAUAUUUGUUUCAUGGCGUGCAUGAGCAGAGCUAUGUGGCCCAUGUCAUCUCAUAUGCGCUGAGAAUUGGACGCUUUCGUGAUAGCACAAUCGCCGAAUCUUUGGCGGAGCUGAUGCCUUUGUAGUCUUUAGUAUUAAGCUAAGCAUAAUGUUUAUUUAACUAAUUGUGUGAUAAGCUGUUUAUUUUUUUGUUUCUCUUUUUAAGUAAAUGCCAAUUAAAUGCCAUAUAUGUGC